CUGUCACAGCUCAUUGGCAUUUGCAAACAAAACUCCCUUUGCUUACGCUUGUAGCGUAUGCAACGGAGAAAUUUCCUCCUCGCUUCCUUUCCAGGAUUUUCCUCUGUCAAAUCCUUAUCUUUAUUUUCCUGAAUUUCUUUCCAGACUCUUCUUCCAUCCUUAUCCUCAUCCUGAGCUCAAUAUAUAAAGACGAACUACAAGAACACGACUUGGACGUGGUUGACUCAGGUUGUUCAUAUCAAUUUCAGAGAAAAUUAAGAUGGCUGAGAAUGGAGAGUUCAGCUUCAAAAGCAAAAGCAGCGGACGCAAAGGGCUGCCCAAAAUUCUCACUCAGAAGAACAGAAACGAUGUCUGUCACGAUGACAGUGGACCGACGGUGAAAGCUCAGACAAUCGAUGAACUUCAUUCUCUUCAAAAGAAGAAAUCGGCACCCACCACACCCAUUCAUCCGGGUACUCCUUUCUCCCCCAAGACGGAGGAGGAACGCCAGAAACAGCAACUCCAAUCCAUCAGUGCAUCCUUGGCGUCCUUGACGAGAGAGACAGGGCCGAAGCUUGUGAAAGGAGACCCGGCGAGGAAGACAGAGGGACAGAAGCUGACUCACGUUGCACAUCCUUACGAGUUUACUCCAUCUUUCAGCCUUAGUGAUAGUGCCCUCAAGUUCACCCACGUUCUCUACAAUCUCUCCCCUGCUGAGCUGUAUGAGCAAGCCAUCAAGUACGAGAAGGGCUCAUUUAUAACAUCAGCUGGUGCCUUAGCCACGCUUUCUGGGGCAAAGACAGGUAGGUCGCCAAGAGACAAACGCGUUGUUAAAGACAAAACCACCGAAAAUGAACUUUGGUGGGGAAAGGGCUCCCCCAACAUUGAGAUGGACGAACAUACUUUCUUAGUUAACAGGGAAAGAGCUGUUGAUUACUUGAACUCACUGGAUAAGGUCUUCGUAAAUGAUCAGUUCCUCAACUGGGAUCCAGAGCACCGAAUAAAAGUUCGUAUUGUAUCUGCCAGGGCUUAUCAUUCCUUGUUCAUGCACAACAUGUGCAUCCGACCCACUCCUGAAGAGCUGGAGGACUUUGGAACUCCGGACUUCACUAUUUACAAUGCCGGGCAGUUCCCAUGUAACCGUUACACCCAUUACAUGACUUCCUCCACUAGCAUAGACAUCAAUCUUGCUAGGAGAGAAAUGGUUAUCCUUGGCACCCAGUAUGCUGGGGAAAUGAAGAAAGGUCUUUUCGGCGUAAUGCAUUAUCUGAUGCCUAAGCGUCAAAUUCUCUCCCUUCACUCUGGCUGCAAUAUGGGAAAACAUGGGGAUGUUGCCCUCUUCUUUGGAUUAUCAGGUACUGGAAAGACCACUCUGUCUACUGACCACAAUAGGUAUUUAAUUGGGGACGAUGAACACUGUUGGAGUGAGAAUGGUGUGUCAAACAUUGAAGGAGGUUGCUAUGCCAAGUGCGUUGAUCUUUCAAAAGACAAAGAGCCAGAUAUCUGGAAUGCCAUUAAGUUUGGAGCUGUGCUCGAGAACGUGGUGUUUGAUGAGCAUACUCGAGAAGUAGAUUAUACUGACAAAUCCGUCACAGAAAACACAAGGGCAGCAUAUCCUAUAGAGUUUAUUCCGAAUGCUAAGAUACCAUGUGUUGGUCCGCAUCCAAAGAAUGUCAUCCUUCUGGCGUGUGAUGCAUUUGGGGUUCUCCCACCCGUGAGCAAGCUGAGCUUGGCGCAGACCAUGUAUCAUUUCAUCAGUGGUUAUACUGCUUUGGUGGCUGGGACAGAGGAUGGUAUUAAGGAGCCACAGGCAACAUUUUCAGCCUGCUUUGGUGCAGCAUUUAUAAUGCUGCAUCCUACUAAGUAUGCAGCUAUGUUGGCUGAAAAAAUGCAGAGGCAUGGGGCUACAGGAUGGCUCGUCAAUACCGGCUGGUCAGGUGGCAGCUAUGGAGUGGGAAGCCGUAUCAAGUUAGCAUACACUCGGAAAAUCAUUGAUGCUAUACAUUCUGGGAGCCUUUUGAAGGCAAACUACAAAAAGACUGAAGUGUUUGGGCUCGAAAUCCCAACUGAGAUCGAGGGUGUGCCUUCAGAAGUCCUGGACCCUGUGAACACCUGGUCUGAUAAAAAGGCCUACAAAGAUGCCCUCUUGAAGCUGGCCGGUCUGUUCAGGACUAAUUUUGAGGUGUUCGCGAAUUAUAAGAUUGGAAAAGACAACAAACUGACCGAGGAGAUCCUUGCAGCUGGUCCUAUUUUCUAAUCAUAAUGCUUCUAUAAAUUGGUGGAUUGGGUGAUGUGUGAAGAAAUAAAAAAAGAAGACUAAAUUCAUAGAACAGCAUAUGCUAAGUUAAUUUUUGUUAAAAUCUUGGGGUCAAUGGAUAUGGUGGUUUGUAGGAGAAUUCUUGUGUGCAGUAAGAUUCAUGCAAGAUUUCUCAUGUUGUGUAAUCCAUACAUAAUUUUAAUGCUAUAAAUUUGUUGUGCCUUGUGUAUAA